AUGAUUCCAAAAAUUGCUUCUCCGGAAGAAGUACACCACCUUCUCCCUAUUAGCUUAUGUAAUACUGUUUACAAAUGUGCCUCAAAAUGUCUGGUUAAUCGGUUGAAGGUUAACCUUAAUGCUCUUAUUGAUGAAAAACAACAUGCUUUUAUACCUGGAAGGUAUAUGAGUGAUAAUAUUCUACUGAGUCAUGAUAUCCUUCAUUUUAUAAAUCGAAGAAAGGUUAGUGGUCCGACUCUGGCUGCAGUUAAGAUUGAUAUGAGCAAAGCUUAUGACCGAAUACACUGGGGUUUUCUGUUGCGUGUUCUUAAAGCUUAUGGUUUCCCUUCAAUUUGGAUCCAACUGAUUUAUCAGUGUAUUUCAACCGUAUCGUACAAGGUUUUGAUAAAUGGUAAAACCUCAACAGCUUUUAGACCUAAGUGUGGACUUAGGCAAGGAGAUUCGUUGUCACCUUAUUUGUUUCUAUUCUGCAUGGAUAUCCUAGGGCGUAUGCUAACUUUAGGCCAGGACAUUAAGUUAUUUCAAGGUAUUAAACUGGCAAGGCAGGCCCCGAAGGUUACACAUUUGUUCUUCGCUGAUGAUGCUAUGGUUUUUUUCCGUUCAAAUGAAACAUCAUGUGCAAGCAUUGGUGGUAUUCUGGAUCGUUACUGCCGAAUUUCUGGCCAACAGUUGAAUCUUGCUAAAUCCUUUAUUAAGUUCAGCCCGAACACCUCUCUUCCAGAUCAACAGCUUUUCAAAUCUAUUUUACGAAUGCCUCAAGUUGUAAAGUUUGGGAAUCAUUUGGGGGUUCCUAUUGAUCUUAUAGGUUCAAGACGUUCGCAUUUUAAUUACUUGAUAGAUAAGGUUGCUGAAUUAAUUAUUUCAUGGAAUGGAGUUUUGUUGUCCCAAGCUCAAAAACUUGUUCUGAUUAAUACUGUCCUCGUUGCUACGGUUUCUCAUGUAAUGAUGAGUUUGGAAAUACCUGGAGCUGUUGCAAGUAAGAUCGAUUCAAUGAUUGCGACGUUCUUUUGGGCUAAGCAAGGGCAAAAGGGAAUGCAUUGGGUUCGUAGGGAUAUAUUACAAUUACCCCGUGGAAUGGGAGGUCUGGGAAUUCGUCGUUUAUCUACGCUUAAUACAACUUUUUUGAUGAAACAAGUGUGGCGAAUGCAUAAGAAUCCUCAACUUUUAAUUUCAAAAGUUUAUGCCGCCAAGACAAACUUUGCUCUAUCUUCUGGUUCCCCUAAUAUUUGUCAUGGUCCUAUUUCCUGGGGAAUGCGAGGUCUUCGACGAGCAGAAAAUGUUUUGCAACGUGGUUGUGCUUGGAAGAUUGGGGAUGGGAGAAAGGUCAGAGUUUCAUCAGAUAAAUGGGUUCAUGGUAGGGUCCCCGUUUUGGCGUCUAACAUUCGUCUAAUGGAUGCUAAGGUUUGGAAGGUUAGUCAUUUUAUUCAGAACCCUAGUCUUUGUUGGAAUGCAACUCUUAUUAGAAAUUCCUUUGAGCAUAAGGAUGCAAACGAAAUACUCUCUGUUGAAUUGCCAUCUUGUCCCACUUCAGAUUUCGUAUAUUGGACUAAGCAUAAGACAUGUAAUUUCACGCUCAAAUCUGGUUACGCUUUUCUGCGGGAAAUUGACAUGCAACAACAUCCACUGAAUUAUCUGGAUAGAAAAAGAUUUCUUCCUUUCUUUAAGUUAUUAUGGGCACUAAAAAUUCUAUCAAAGUGGAAAUUGCUUCUUUGGAAGCUGAUACUUAAUGGAAUACCAGUCAAAACAAAUCUGGAAAGACGUGGAAUAAUUUUGGAUACAAAAUGUGAUUUUUCCGAGGAAUAUUGCGAAGACGCACAACAUAUUUUCCGCCUUUGCAAAUUGGCUCAAGAUGUGUGGAGGAGUAGUAUGCUAGGCAUACUCUCAAACAUUAAUGAGAGUCUAUCUAUGCAAGAUUGGAUUCUCAAUUAUAUCCAGCUUUUUAUAAGCUUGGAUGGGAAGUUCAGUGACAGGGUUGUCACCUUUAUUGCAAUGUUAUGGGCCAUAUGGAUAACAAGGAACGAAAGGGUUUUCCGUUCAAAUGCUGGAGACAUUACUGUGUUUCAGAUUCAGUUUAAGCUUGCCUUAGAACAACACAAUGUGUUUAGGGGAAAAGAUGAUGGUAAAUUGGGUUUUCUACAUCCUCCAGAGCAUAAGCAAGAUUAUCCACCAGGAUUUUACUUUGCAAAUAUAGGUAUGGAAAUUACUUUACCAACGUCAACAACAGUUAUUCUUAUAGAUGGAGCAUGGAAUAAAGAUACGUUCAGAGCAGGAAUGGGUUGGGUUCUUAAGCAACGACAAUCUGACGAAAUGGAAAUCCUUGGGGGUUGCGAUUAUGGUUUAGGUAAUUCAGCACUACAUGUUGAAGCUAUGGCUUGUCUACGAGCAUUUACAAUGGGCAAUGGAGUUAUCCUUUAA